AUGGCGUCGUCAGAGGUGAUUGAGGAGGCCGAAAUGGCACUACGAGAGGCAGAUCCGUUGUGUGUGCUUGCCAAUGGACGAGUAAAUGAGAGUAGGCAGUGUAUGGAGCGGGCUAUUGUCUUAAGAGCACGUUUAUUGUUUCUGAACGACGCCCAAACCGACCAGCUCCAGAAUAUGGGUAAUUUGUACGUCCUUUUGCGCACUUCUAUCGAGCAGGCGGACAAGAACUGCUCCACCAACAUCAAACAGUUGCAAUCUGCUCAAUCAAUAUUGCUGGAAGAGCUUUCACAGCUGGGCAAAAUUAAAAUAGACCCCGCAUUCGUCAACUCCGGAGAAACCCUACGUAGCUUUGUGCAUAUGGACGGAAUUCAGACCUUGCAGACCCAGACAGACGAUUUGGUAGCGCAACUCAAACAGGGAGUGCGAGACUUGGUGGCUUUGCCUGAUAAAUUGCAGAAGGAGCUCAUAGCGGUUAGGUCCCACCAGCCGUCUAUGGAUGAGUUUACAACGGGCAGUUUGAAAAACCUGGUCACCGAUAUGGCAUCGAUUGCUGAGCAGAUGGGGCCCUACGCGCAUGAAAUGGCUCAAUGGCUCGAUAGCCUAACUCGCCAUUAUGAUCUGUGUAUUGAAACCCAAGAACUGGAUUCUACAGAGGUCCAACAGGCGCUGGCGGUUGUGGAGGCAGAUCGUUUGCAAUUGGAACCGGCACUAAAAAUGCUCCAUGACGCAAGCGGCCAGAUUUUACAGCUCUAUUCAAAAUCGCAGUCUUACUUGUCCACCCUCGAGUCUUUGUACGAUCGAUCGAAUGCCUUUUUCGACCGCCUUGAGGCAUUCACGUCUCAUACACUACGAAAGUACGGUAACCAAGUGAAUUCGCGCUACAAUGAGUGUACGGUUCUGUUUGAGCAAGCCAAUGCGCACAUUGCAGAGCUUGAUGGGUUAGCGGACUACUACAAACUUUUCCGCGAAGCAUACCGGGCCACGGUCAACGAAAAAGUUCGCCGCAAACGCGCCCAAGGGCAGCUAAGUCGUCAAAUUGCUGAGUAUAACACUCAACUUGCCACUGCUCAUGCCACUGAGCUGUCAGCUCGGGCUCGGUUCGUUGACGCUUGGGGUGAUUUCCUACCAAAAGAUCUCUGGACCCAUUUGGACGCCGAACCACAAAUAUACUCGAUUCCAUUUGAACCAGAAGAUGGGCUCGAGGAUGAGGACUUCGAAGGUUAA